AUGGUUAGUCAGCUUAUUAAGAAAAAUUCAACAUUUUUACAAGUUCUUGCCAAGACAAAAUCUCAAAGGAAGUUGCAACAUUUGUUAAGACUCACAAAUACAGAUCAAUUAUUAGCUAUAAGUGAAAUUUGUUUGAAUAUUAUAAAAGCUAGACUCAAACUUACACCUCGACAGAAAAAACGACUAAUCCCAUAUGCUGACUUUGUCCGUAAAAUGAGUAGGAUAAGAAGCGAAUUUGGUGCCCGAAAAAUUUUAAACCAAAAAGGAGGAGGUGUGGGCAUGUUUGCAGCAUUAUUGACACCUGUUCUCAUUGAAUUAGCAAGAUCAUUAGGAAAUUCUAUAAAAGCAACUAAUCGAUAA